AUGAGUGGAUCGUUGACCAACAUUACUUAUGAGGGAACCAAGUAUGAGACGGGUGCUGGCCUUGAUGACUUUAAUAUUGAAGAUUUGCAGAUAGUAGAAAAAUGGUUCAACAGGCCAGCUAGUGCCUGGGCGGUGCAACGACUGGGUAUAUUACAAUCAAAGAUAGAAUCACAAACGUAUAACAUAUACCACAGAAAUCGGUAUGGUAAGCAUCCAGUGGCAAAACUGAUACCGGCGCAUCUGCUCAUUCAAUAUGCUAACGAAGCUCUCGGGUUUGAUGGGUGGUCCUUAGAAGUGCUUGAUCUCCACACCACGAACUGCAGAUCAGUGCCAGAAACGCAAUCGGUGGAUGAUGGGCUGGAACCACGUUACCAAGUGCUGUCAGAGGCCAAGGUUAGGAUCAGAUUGAAGGACGGUACGAAUACCGAGGCACUAGGGUUUGGUUCCGCAGUGGCUAUUUCCAAAGGUGAAAGUUACAGCAAAUCUAAGAAGGCAGCAGUCAACGAUGCCCUCAAAAAGAGCUUCUUGCAAUUUGAGGCUAUCAUUCUGGAGCACGAACAGCGGGUAUCUUCAAGCUAUUAUGUAGAUGGGCUCUACGGUUCUAAAUCAGUGUCUAAAAAAGUGUGA